UACAACUUUCGUUCCGUGUCGCCACCUAUCGGCCGACACUGCGAAACAGUUUUGACAGCCAAAGUGAGGAAAAGUCGUGUUCGGAUCGAUAGUCCAGCAAUUUUCGCGAUUUUCGCAUGAAAAUCUUCGUCCGAUCGUCCGGAAAACAGCCCCCAAGAUGAACCGUGCGCAGGUGGCCAACCUGCUGGACGAGGUGAGGAAAUCCCCGGAUAAGGGAACCGUCUACCGGAGGUUGGUGCGCGUUCGCACCGAGGUCAUCAACACGGAAGCUGGAACGCAGCACUUUGUCGCCCUGGAUGGAGUCCGAUUGCUGGUGGGCCUGCUGGCCAAGCCGCACGAGAAGGUCCUGGAGGUGGUCCUCAGCAUCCUCGGGAACUGCUGCAUGCGGAAGGAGUGCGCCAAACAGGCUUUUGAGGAAGGAGUGCUGUCUCCGCUCAUUUCCAUCAUAGCAAAUAUUCCAAAUCCGGCUAUUCAGUGUCGUGGAUGUCGAUUACUAGGCAAUCUGGCUCAGUUCCCGGUAAUUACGCACGCCAUCAGCAAGGACAAUAGCAAUAAUACAACGUACGCCCUGACGUCGAUUCUCACCGAUUCAAACAACACUGCCGUCCUGAUAAUGUCUAUCCGGGCCGUGAGACAGCUGUGGAACGAGAAACUCGUUCGUAAUUUGAUGAUCGGCCAGGGUUGCAUCAAAAAGAUAGUUGAUUUGCUUGUCAAAUUUGCGAGGAAUGAAGCCAAGGCAUUGGAAAGUGUGGAAAGUCCCGCCCAAGGAGAAUCGCUGGGUGAAGAGACGGAAAAGGUCGUCAUCAAACGGUUGCACGCUCCCGACCGGACCAUCACCAAGGAAAAGUUCAAGAACAUUGUGCGACAUAUGGAAAACAGUCACCACUGCGACAUUGUCGGGUACCAGUUGAUCAAGAGCUACCGCUGGAAGGAUUCUCAAGAUUUUAAGAUGCCGGAAGCACAGGAAACGGUAGAACUGUUUACUGGCAUUUUAAAGUGUCUGCAAACUAUUACGUCGACGAUCAGCGCCCAGGUGGCCGAGGAAAUGUACGGUGAGCAGGGUUGCGGUAUAAAGUGUUUGGUGUUCCUGUGCUCCGAGAGCAGCCAAUUUCGGACGUUGGCGUUGAAAAUAGUUUCUCAUUUGGCUUCCAAUCCGGAUGCCAUUGGAAAACUGACUGCCUGUGAUGUGAUAACGAUGGCUUCGGACCUAAUCAUGUACGCCAAUUUAGAUGAUUCGGAAAAACGCUAUUGUACCAGUGUUAUCUGCUUGCUUGCAAAAGAAGCAUGCAACCGAGGUCAUAUUCGGCGUAGUGGUGCCCUGCAAGCCCUCAUGAAACUAGCCAAACAGUGCAAGGAGAAGCACCAACUUAGUAUAAUUCUCUACGCCCUCUACCAGUACCGGUUUGAUAAUCUUAGCUACGAAAUUUUGCUCAACAAUGGUCUGGUGAGCUUUCUGGUGGGAGUCCUCAACAACAUCAUAGACGAGAAGGAAGUUCAUCACAUCAAACACGACGACGAGGAGACCAUGAAUACCAGCGUGUUUUCGAAGCGGAAAUCCAGCAGCCAAAAAGCUAAACUGAAACGGAGUGAUGAGUUGUUCAAUUUCAAGAGCUCCAGUUACUAUCGGCACUCGAAGGUGGCAAAAAUUGAUCCCUACGGAUCGGCACCGGAAUCACCGGAAAGCGGCAGUAGUGGAUACGCUAGCACCAGCUACAAUGGCGUUCGGAACCCAUCCAGUAGCAGCUCUAGUCCCGCGCGGACUGACGAAAUUGACGAGUUCGAUGAGGAUGACAUCUAUUCGCCAGUUUGUAGCGACACCGAGGAAGACCCGGAAACCGUAGUUCCAAAUGCGGCGGAAAUGGUGCCACCAGAACCGGACACGGUCGAUGACAAUACCGAGGACGCAAAGACCAGCAACGAAUUUGACAUACUAGCAUACCUGUAUGACGAUAACUCUAACACGAAUCUGAUGUCAGCUACGGAUCUCGAACGGGAUGAGGAAGAACCCCAGACACAACAGGAAGCCCGGAAACGUAAUCAUUGCAGCUUCGACGACACGAUAGACGACAACGAGAUUCAUGACAUCGAGCUGGAAAUUGUCUCUUCGAAGGCCUUCGAGAAGAGCCCGAUGCAACCGAUUCUGACGCUGCUCUGGUCAAUUUCCAAGUCCCACAAGGGGCUGGAAUUCGUUCACCCGGGAACGUUGUCCACUUUGUUGAAGAUUUGCAAACUGACGAAAAGGCCCCGAGGGCGAGCUUUCCAGAUCAUAGCCAACAUCAUCAAGCACGUGGACCAUUUUCUGCCGCUGCUGAAGCAGGACUUUGUCUUUCGGUUGCACGAGUGCAAGGUGCCGUACAGUUCGCACUCGCGGUGCUGGAGCUGCGAUGAGAUGAAAUCUGCCUGCAGUGAACUGAUGACUCUGUUCGGUAACAUAGGGGAAACCGGUUACGGUCAAGGUGAAAUCGCCCACAUACUUCGAACCGGCGAGCGCACCCUGCAGCUGCAAGUGUCCAUCAUCGUUAUGUACGUAGUCCGGGAUACCAAACUGCUUCACAAGCUGUUGUACGAUAUGAAAAUUUUGAAAACUGUGAUGAACAUUAUCCUUAAUGAAAACGACGACGAGGAGGAGGAGGUGUACGAACAAAGGCUAAGUGUGGCUGCUAGCUCUGGGCUUACCACUCUGGCUCAGAACCUGUGCAUCUGCGGUGAAGAAGAGGACACCGGAACGCCCAGUGAAAUGUUGGAGGCGAAGGAGUUUGACAAUACGCUCACCAUUUGCAAUGAGAACAGCAGUGAGGAGAAGGUCACUUUUAAGGUGACGAACGCCAGCGGGGUGGUGGACAGCGUCCGAGUGAGCAAGAAACUGCUGAUACAGGGUAGUGACGUGUUCCAGCGGAUGUUCGACGGCGAUCACUUUAUAGAGUCAAAGAACAAUGAAGUUUUCCUGAAGGAAAAUAUCAGCGUGGAUGGGUUGAAGUAUUUCUUCUACCUGAUCAAAUUACAGACUGUGAAUAAGCUUACGGGAAUGGCACCACCUCCGAAGGUCAUCGAAGCUAGUUUAGAUGCGCUGAGUCUGUCACAAAAAUACCUUCUUCCGGGGGUGGAGCGCUCGGUGCAGAAUAUUGUAAAAACGUUGCUAAAUGAUGACUGUGUGCUGAACGUAUUCGAAUGGUCACUUAGAAACUACAACCAAGAACUCCUGGUCGCGUCCACCUACUACUUCCUAUAUUCAGACAUUAGCGGAGCGGCCAAGUGCAAACUAUUCCGAGCAGCAAAUAAAUCCGUCUACCGGAAAGAGUGGCGCCGGUUGAUGUACGAAACCAUCCUGUGUCGCGUGCAACCGAAUGCAGAAUAGCGAAAAGCUAUUUUGCAGAAUUGUGCAGAAACUGGCAGGGAUCCGGUACAAUUUUAGAUCUAGUUUUACAAGGUUAGUCAUCACUGUUUAUUUGUAAAACGAAAUAUUUAUUUGCAUCGUGUUCGUCUAUAGGAAUAGUCAAUUCCCUCUGAGCUGUAUAUUUUACACAUUCCACUCCCCUAUUAUAAAGCUUUAUGUGCAUUAUUGUUUA